GAUGUGGUUUAUAGCUCCCUCCGAACGUCGAUGACAGUAUGCCGAAGUUUGACAGCUGGCGCAUUGUUCUUCUUCCUCGUUUCUUCUGAUUCUGCCGGCAUUUUUCACGGAGAGUUUACAGUACAACAACGUGUCUAGUUCGAAACAAUGGGAAAACCAAAACACAUGACAAACAAACAGAACCCUUUCGCUAAGAAGAAACGCAACAAUAAGGAAAAGGGCGCUGAACCACCGGCACGUAGAGACAAGCCGUAUGAAAGUAUCGUUCUGGAGAAUGAGGCAUUUGAGAAGUACUACAAGCACCAGCAGAUCUGCGGAACCGAAGCCGAAUGGGAACAGUUGAUGGCACACAUGAGAAGAAAUCUUCCGGUUACAUUUCGCAUCACUGGUUCGAAAGCGCAAGCAACACUGUUGCUGAAGCUGAUCAAGCAAGAUUUCUUCGAAGAGUACUUCCGGGCAGUGAAGGAGCUGCGAAACGAGGAAACGGAUGCGCUCGUUGAGCCUCCCAAGUGUCUCGCGUGGUAUCCGCGCGAAAUGGCCUGGCAGUUGGAAUUAUCGCGUAAAGAUAUUCGGCGCUCCGAACCACUGUUCAAGCUGCACAAUUUUCUCAUUUCGGAAACGAGCUCCGGUUACAUCAGUCGGCAAGAGGCGGUAUCGAUGAUACCUCCACUAGUGCUAGGUGUACAAUCGCACCAUAAGGUGUUGGACAUGUGUGCCGCUCCCGGUUCCAAAACGGCACAAUUGAUCGAGUCACUGCAUGCGAGUGAUGGUCAACCCACGGGGUUUGUGAUGGCUAACGAUGUGGACAACAAUCGGUGCUACAUGCUGGUACACCAAACAAAGCGCCUUAAUUCGCCUUGUUUUCUCGUAACGAACGGUGAUAGUGCCACCUUUCCGUCGAUGCAGUACACAAAGGAGGAUGGUACGGUGUGCCCGCUAAAGUUCGAUCGGGUGCUCUGCGACGUGCCUUGUUCCGGCGAUGGAACAUUGCGAAAGAAUGCCGAUAUCUGGAACAAAUGGAACCUUGCACAGGCUUCGAAUCUGCACGGUUUGCAGUACCGCAUACUGAAGCGUGGCGCCGAACUGCUCGAGGUAGGCGGUAAGCUCGUCUACUCAACAUGCUCCCUGAACCCGAUCGAAAACGAAGCCGUUCUGUACCAUCUCCUGAAGGAGUCGGAAGGUUCGUUGGAGAUAGUCGAGUGUAUCGAUACGCUACCAACGCUGAAAUAUUCCAAAGGCCUUACAUACUGGGAACCGGCUUCGAAGGAUCUAACGUUUUACAAAACCUUCGAUGAUGUGCCCGAAUCCCAGCGAACCGUUAUCCGGCCCGGCAUGUUUCCACCGUCGAAGGAGGAAGCAGUCGAGAAAUAUCAUCUCGAUCGGUGUUUGCGCAUCUUGCCACACCAACAGAAUACGGGUGGAUUCUUCGUGGCGUUGCUGGAGAAAAGGAAACCACUGCCAUGGGAAACGGUGGGCACCGUGGGUGAUGGACAGCUGCUUACCGAACCCUCACCCGCAGUGGAGCCUCCGCAGAAGAAGACAAAGUAUAUGCGAGGAUUCAAAGAAGAUCCGUUUGUAUUUUUCGAAGAAAAGGAAGAAAUCUUCGAAUCGUUGAACAAAUUUUUCCAGCUAAGCGAAGACUUUGAACCAAGAAACCUUCUUACGCGAUGCAAGGUUGGAAAGAAGAAAAACGUAUAUUUCUGCUCGAGUAUCGUACGGAAUAUUGUGCAGCUUAACGAGAAGCGCGUAAAGAUUAUUAAUCUAGGCGUAAAGUCCUUCGUGCGCUGCGCAACGCGUAACAUCGAGUGCGACUUUCGGCUAGCUAGCGAAGGGCUGGCUAGCGUAAAUUCGUUCGUAGGCAACCAGCGUCGUGUGAUGGUGCAGAAGAAGGAUCUUAUAGAGCUGCUCUCGUGUACUGAUCCUACUAAACCACCAGAAAUUUCCGGACUAACUGCCGAAACGCAGCACAAUCUACAAAACGUCGCUUCCGGCAGCUGCGUUCUGGAAUGCAUGGUGGAUGAUGUAAAACUCGCCACCGUCGGAUGGAAGGGAGCCAUGAGCCUUAGGGCAUACGUCGAUCAGUACGACACAAUGCACAUGCUGCGGCUGCUCGGUGGAGAUCUUUCGAAAUUCGAAAAAAAUAAAUUCCAGGAUAAACGUGCAGCAGAAGUGGCGGCAGAUGAGGCAGACGAGAACGAUCCGGCUGCCGAUGUCGAGCUGGGCUCUGUACAAGAGCUAAACAAUGAUUAGCUUUAAUCUGGAAUGGUCGUACAGAAAACAUAUAACCAUUUGUUAAUAAUAAAACCUCAACGUCUUUUUU